AAGCAUGAAAGCUAAAAUUAUUGCUGCUUUCUGCCUUCUUGCCCACCUUUUAUUUAACUCCCCCUUCUCUCAUUCCUUAGCAUGCUAAACCACCCCCUCUCUCUCCACUCACCUCGUUCAGUUCCUGCAAAUGUCUCCAGCCCUCAUCAGUUCACCGGAGCACUGCGCAAGGCGAGGAUUCAACAUUGACAGGCGCUACAAGAAGCUGCUUUUCGCAUUCUUCACCACCCUGACCUCAUUCCUCGCGCUGGUUAUUCUUGUUUGGCUCAUCCUCCACCCGGCCAAGCCUAAGUUCACGAUCAAGGAAGCCGAUAUCGACCAGCUCAACCUCUCCAGCCCUCGCCUCAACUCCUCUAUCCAGCUCACUUUGCUCGCCGAGAAUCCUAAUGGAAAGGCCGGGAUUUACUACGACGACCUACAAGCUUAUGCUGCUUAUACGGGUCAGCAGAUAACGGUUGAAUCCGCUCUUCCUCCUUUCUAUCAAGGGUGUCAACACAGCGAUCUCCUGACCGCUUCCUUGGUUGGAAACGGACUUCCAGUGGCUGCUUCUCUCGGUUACCAAGUGGGACGCGAUCAGACGGCUGGGAAACUAGCGUUGAGCAUCAAGGUGAAUGGACAGCUGCGGUGGAAGGUCGGGACUUGGGUUUCCAGGCAAUAUGUGCUCAAUGUCAAUUGCGUCGUGGUCAUGGCCUUUCAGCCUGGUGCCCUGGUUACCCCCUUGAGUUCGAAGCAGGGGAGUCGGUGUUCGACUUCCAUAUAAAAUUGACAUGUACUGAGUCUACUGACGUUUUCCGGGUCUAACCGUUUUCUUCCUUAUCUAUGUUUACACUUUGUUGAUAUUGUUUCGUAAGCAUUCUGCGCCCGGUAAAUCCAGUGGACGGAUGGUUUGGGGUAAAAAAUGAAAGUCAGUGCUGUGUGAGAAUGAAUUUCUACGUUCAGCUUUUCAUCGUA